CGACGGAGCAAUGUAUCGAAGCUUGGUCGGCUCUCUUAUCUAUCUCACACAUACAAGACCAGAUAUAGUCAACGCUGUCAGCAUCGUAUCCAGGUUCAUGAGUGAACCGAGCAAGGAUCAUCUAACAGCAGCAAAGAGGAUUCUCAGAUACAUUAAGGGAACAAAAAGCUAUGGGAUCAUGUACGAAACUGAAAAAUUUUUCAAGCUCACAGGAUACACCGAUAGCGACUGGGCUGGAAGCGUGGAUGAUAGAAAAAGUACAAGCGGGUACGUAUUUCAGCUUGGAAACAAGGUGGUCUCAUGGUCAUCAAAAAAACAGGCGACAGUAGCUUUAUCAUCAGCAGAAGCAGAGUACAUUGCAGCAACAAGUGCAGCACGUGAAGCAGUCUGGCUGAGAAGGGUAUUAAUCGAUCUACAACAUAAGCAAGAGACACCAACUACAAUGUUCUGCGACAACAUGUCAACAAUAGCAAUGACGAAGAAUCCAGUGUUUCAUAUCAGAUCAAAGCACAUCGAGAUACGACAUCACUACAUUCGUGAGUUAGUAGAUAAGAAAGAGAUCGAACUACAAUUCUGCAAGAUGGGGGAGCAGCUCGCAGACAUUUUCACAAAACCCAUAUCAACUGAUAGAUUUAUCGAUUUUAGAAGACGACUUAGAGUUCAAGAAUUUUCAGAUUAGGGGGAGUGUUAAAAUAAUCUAGAAAAAUCUAGGAUUUUAAUUAAAUAUAAAAAUAUCUAAACUAAAGAAUUAAAAAAUAAAAAUAUCUAAGAUAAUAUAAUGGAAGAUCCUAGAAAAGUAAUUAAAAGAUUUAAAACUUGCACUAUAAAUACCCAUUAAUGUAAUCAAUUUUUUGUGCAAUGAAGAACAACAUCCAUUCUACAUAUUCAUUCAUCUUCCUCUCCAAAUAAAUCCAUUCACUAUUUUACCAUCUAAAUUUUCCUACAAUAUUAGGUUGUGAAAAUUCGUCACAUA